AGACGGGCGGCGCGUCGAGAAAGCGCGCUUCCGGCUUCCGGCGUGUGUGCUGGCGUGCGGAGGGCGGUCGUGAGGCGCGGUUGGCGCCAUGUUCUUGACCGCGCUCCUGCGCCGCGGCCGCAUCCCCGGCCGGCAGUGGAUCGGGAAGCACCGGAGGCCGCGACCCGUGUCGGCGCAGGCGAAGCAGAACAUGGUCCGCCGCCUGGAGAUCGAGGCGGAGAACCACUACUGGCUGAGCCGGCCCUUCCUCACUGUCGAGCAGGAGCGUGGCCACGCGGCGGCCCGCCGGGCGGCCGCCUUCCAGGCGCUCAAGGCGGCGCAGGCGGCCAAGUUCCCCGCGCCCCGGCGGCUGGAGGACCAGCUCGGCCAUCUCAAGGUCACCGGGAAGUGGUCCUGACCCGCGCCACGUCGCCUGCGUCCUGCGGCGACGAGCGGGAGUCUCUGGCUCGAGCCCCACGGAGCCCCGGCCAAGCCGAGCGAGUGCCUGCG